AUGCCGUGCAUCUUGCUUCCCUUUCGAAGGCGUCCCGACCCAAAAGACCCUUCUGCUGGUUUCCCAAAAGUCCAUAAGUACGAUGGUCCGCUCCAGGAGGGCUCACAAGGCUGCGUCGAGCAAUGGACACACAUCCCAACCAACACCGUUAUUGCAGUAAAGGUUAUGGCUCAUACCCCCCGAAAUUCCCCUGAGAUCCAAAUUCUCAGCAACUUGCCUUCUCACGACUGCAUCGUGAGAUACCUCGGGCACUACGAAAAGGUACCAUCUCCAACCCAAGUCUCCAUUCUCCUCGAACACUGCUCCAUCGGAGACCUCUACAUGCUCCGAAGCCUAAGCAUCGACCAAAACAAACCCACCUUCUCGGAACCCUUCAUGUGGUCCACCUACACCCAACUCCUCAGCGCUCUCGCCUUCCUCCACCACGGCAUCUCCCCCACGCACCCCUCCGGCCGCCACCCCUGGACCCCCAUCGUACACCGCGACCUAAAAUUCGAAAACAUACUCGUGAAGAGCCUCGGCCUCGCACCCGACUGGUCCUCCCUCGACCUCAAACUCGCAGACUUCGGUAUGGCAGGUUACCACAACGCAGCGCACCCAAACCCCUCAGGCUACAUCGGCACAACGCACUACUGGCCGCCCGAGGUAACCUGGGAAACCAAGCAGCUCUCCCCCGCCAGCGACGUCUGGGGCAUCGCAGCUAUCCUGCACGAACUCGCGCACAACUUCCCCCCGAUAGUCGAUCCCGCAGUCGUGGAAGCGAACUGGUUCGCAACACACAGCGACCCGCCCCUUCCCUCCACAUAUUCGGAACCGCAAAAGAGGAACUACUGGGCUGCCAAGGCACCGCGACGCGUCACGCCGAUUAAUCUUGAUACUGACGCUGAGGUGCCUAGUCUGAGGGACCCGGAGUUGGGCGGCGAGGAUAAGACGGCGCUUUGGUUUCGACGCCGCAGACCGAGUCCCAAGUAUUCGCAUCGGUUGAAUGAGUGUGUUAUGAAGGGGUUGGCAGAGGUGGAGCACCGAGCAAGUGCUGGGGUGUUGUUUGGAGUGGUGCAGGAGGGCUUUAAGGAGGUUUUGGAGCAGAAGUUGAGGGUGGAGCGGACGAGGAGAGGUGGCGCGGACGGGGAGAGGAAUGGGAGAGAUGGUGAUGUGGGGAAUUAG